AUGUCACCUUUUGGAGGACUCUUAGGUUUUGAGAAAGUUUUCGGGCUAAGCGUUGGGACGGAGCCAGACGGAGACACAGUGUCCGAUGGCUCUGGACUGUUACCCCCUCCGGCCCCCCCCCUUCAUUUCCAUCAGCACCACAAUCCUACAUUGAGACCAGGUGUCCCCAACCAUAAUGUAUCACAGACACCUGAUGAAGGUGGUGGGAGCCAGGAUGCCUGCAGUAGUGGCAGUGGAGAAUCUAGUGAGCUAUAUAAUGAAGGGGGAACUGUGCCUACCACCUAUAUUUACAAUUCCAGUAUCUUUGAUCAGCAGAGUUUUGUUGCCCUAAACAACAACCUGUUAACCAUGAAUCCAGGAUAUCAGUGCAACCAUCAGAGCAGCUUCCACUACUAUACUUACCCUCAGGUGGUGGAUGCCUUACCUGCCUCUAUACCCGGGGCAAGGGGGGCACCUUCUGAAGGCUCAAGCAGUGAGGAUGGUGCCAUAAGCACGACCCAUGCCGGCCCACCAGCUGCAGGCUCUCCUCUCAGCUCUGCUCAGUCUUCACCUUAUGCCUCCCCUCUUCAGUCCCUCAGUCCAAGUCGUGCCUCGUCACCCUGGUCAAGGCCUGCAACCACCACCACUACCACUACUACAACAACAGUAGCUAAUUUACCUCUUACUAUUACAUCCUCAACCACGACCACUUCCAAGUGUGCCGUGUUGUCUAUUCACUCCAGUCCAAGGAUAGCUCACAAAUACUCACCAUGUGUCACACAGACCACUUCUCCAGCAAUGGCUGGCAACAGUAGUCCUGUCACACAUUCUGGGACCAUUUCUACAGCUCAGACUCACCGUGGAAAACCUCCUGCAGCUGGCAACCGGCCACAGAGACAAGCGGAUCGCUCUGGAUCACGGACAAGAUUACCUGUAGCUUCCACGGUGGAUACUGGAGUGGGCGUUGGAAGUCAGAAUAGUCCAUCUGCUAAUCGCAGUGUAGUCCAGACCUCACCCUCAGUGUGCAGCAGUAAUGGGCAUUGCAAGAGUUCUUCCUCUAGAUGGUCGACAAGCAUGUCAACGUCAACAACUCCAUCUACCUCUUCCCCGUGUGUUGUGACUAUGCCAACGUCUAGCGUGAGAAGUGUUAAUAGACAGAACAGCCAGAGUCCCUGUCCCACAUCAGGUGCCACCACAACUUGCAAAUCUCAGACCACCUCUACUGUCAUAGCUAGCUCUUCGUCAUUCAAGACCAAUAGCAGCCAUACAAUAAGUGGAGCAACAACGUCCCUAACUUCUACUUCCACCACUGCCACCACAACAAGAAACACAUCAUCACCAGUCGUCCAAGAGAAAAUUGUCCACACCAUUGGUAACAGUUCAGGGAUAAGACCACCACUGUCAACAGCAAGUUCUAGUUCUGUUAUGAAUACUUCUAACACAGAAAAUUCUGCUGUUAAUAAUAACAAUUGCCUCAACUAUGAGUUUUGCAAGAAUGAGAAAUUGAACAAGUAUUAUCAGCGCCUGUCUGAAUAUUCAGUUGACAAGUUAAAACGGAUGACAGACCGUGAACUCCUAGAUUUAGGGCUGACAAAAAGUGCCCUAACAAAGCUACGGCGUGUCCUGGCUGGUUUAGAAUCCCCUAAUUACCACUGUCCAAAUGGCUUUACCAGUCCACCAGCUACCCCACAUGCGCACUCAUUACCCCAGGCAAACCAUACAUCUUUCAGUCAGUCAGAUAAUGCCACUCAAAAUCAAAUUAUGCCUAAUGUUAACCAGAGCAGUUUACAAAGUCAAGCCAGUUCAGUGCACAAUCCUCCUAUCACCACCAUCACUUCCAACAGUACACACAGUGUGCACACAACACACACAUCAAAUGCCACACACUCAGCACUGCAGAGCCAAACACAAAAUCAUGGAAAAACUUAUCAAAACACAAAUAUGGAACAUCCUCAUUGCUGCAACAACAAGCACAUCUGCCUCUCCAGUUGCAGCAACACAAGUCACUCAAUGUCAUACAGUCACAAUUCCACCAAGUCAGAAAUUACCCAGUGUUUCACAACCACCACCAUUUUUUCAUGUAGCGGAAAUUCCGCUACACCUGUAAUCACUGCAGCUAUGAACGUGCAGAGUUCUCAUUCAAACUGUAGCUCUGCCAUACCUUCUACUACCUCUCAUCCCACAUCUGCUGUGCCUACUUCUGUCUCAGCUACUAACUGUGUUCCUCACUACAUGACAACUCCACCUCCGUGCAUCCAGCUGAAGACUCCACCACUAUCAGGUGGCUCCAGUCAACACCACAUAGCUACUCAGCCUCAGCAUGGCCAGCUUAGAACACCCCCACCUCCACUGUGCGUUCCUCCCCGCACACCUUCGCGAGAACCAGCUACUCCAAGCACAAGCAAUGGGCUCAAUAUCAGUAAUGGAUCCCAGCAGGCCUUCUACACUAGCAACAAUGGACCAGGUGUAAAGAGUGGUGCAGCUGCCAGUUGUAGUAUUGCAGGACCCACCCCAUCCUUGCCUGGAGUAUAA